AGCUCUGUGAUUGGCCAGCGGGUGACUGUUAAACCCCUCCCCCUCGCCUCCCCUCCCCUCGCCACCGCAACUUGACGGAGUCAGCAGACAGCGAUCCAGCGGCGAGUUAUCGGGCUAAUUAUCAAACCAAGAGGCCCAGGAAAAGCCCCCAAAAUGAGCCAACUCAAGGACCGCUUUGUGACUUUGCUCCACGAGAAGAACUUCGUGACGGAUCAGCUGGCGACCGUGGAACAAAAGACGGGAGUGAAGAGGGAGUACAUCGCCUUGGGUGUUCUGGGUUUUGUGGGGCUGUAUCUUCUGUUUGGAUACGGAGCCUCACUACUUUGCAACCUCAUUGGCUUCGCGUAUCCGGCAUAUUUCUCCAUUAAGGCCAUCGAGAGCAGUGUGAAGGAGGAUGACACUCAGUGGCUCACCUACUGGGUUGUUUACGGACUCUUCAGCAUCGUCGAGGCCUUCUCUGACAUCUUCCUCUUUUGGUUCCCUUUUUACUAUAUUGGCAAGUGCUUGUUCCUGCUUUGGUGUAUGGCUCCAGUGACGUGGAACGGCUCUGAGAUCAUCUACAGGAGGGUCAUCCGGCCUUUUUUCUUAAAACACCAGGCCACCAUGGACAGUGUGGUCAGCGAUUUGAGCGCCAAGGCCAAGAACAUAACUGAGAAUGUGGCGAAGGAGGGUGAGAUACCAACAGUGUACAUCUGUUAACCGGGCCCUUAACCACGAGAAGGACCAGUGAGAAACCUGGUAGCCGUGUGUGUCUGUCGAAUGACGAUGGACCCACUGCGCCAUGCGGUGACGCUUCAUCCUCGUGACAAUAAAUUAAACAUUGUUUGUGCAGUUUACUGCCGUUGGUACAGCGACGACAAUCUGGAACUGUGAUCUUUCUGUGUGCGCUUCAUUUCUUUGUUGUAGUGUGAGAGAAUUCUUUUUUGGCAAAAAGAGUUUACAUAUUUGUGCAACAGUGGUGGUGCUGUCAACAUUAUUUGUCAAAGUGAGCCAUUUGUACCAGAAGGCAGUCUGACAACAUUGAGAGUUUUAAAUACAGGUUGUUUUCAAAUGUGUCUACAAACCGGUGUUUUCUAACCUUGUAAAUCAAAACUGGAACUUCGCUGUGUGUUUUAAUGUUUUCUUACUCUUAAAAGCCUUACCUUUGCAUGUGCCAAGCAGUUUGAAGUCUGUUUGAGCUCUUGGGAAGGUUCUCAAUCUGUAACUACAUCUGGAUGACUUCUGCCUUUUGAAAUGUCUUAAUUUAUAAUGAUUAAAUAAAACUGGAACCUUUUAUAAAGUG